AUGGGGAAGGAGAAGAAAACAGAGUCACACGACAAUGGAAGCUACAACUACAAAAUGUUCAAAUGCUUCAACCGUAAAUUCAAAAUCAACGAAGUCCAACCCACCGACGACGUCCGUGACGCCUUCUGCCAGUUCUCCGUCGGCUGCAGCGGCGGCGACGACGACGGCGUUAUGGGUGCAGAGCAGCUCUGUUCUUUCCUCGACGACAACCAAGUCAACUCAGGAACCACCGUCGCCGAGGCUCAACGUUUAAUCGACGAGGUCAUACGACGGAGACACCACGUCACGCGGUACACACGUCACGGCCUCGACCUAGACGAUUUCUUCAACUUUCUUUUCUACGACGAUCUCAAUCCUCCCAUCACACCUCACGUGCAUCAAGACAUGUCAGCUCCAUUGUCGCAUUAUUUUAUAUACACGGGACAUAACUCGUAUCUUACGGGGAAUCAACUAAGUAGUGAUUGUAGCGAAGUCCCUGUGAUUAAAGCUUUGCAAAGAGGAGUUCGUGUCAUUGAGCUUGAUCUUUGGCCUAACUCUACUGGAACAGAUAUUAAUGUUCUUCACGGAAGAACGCUUACAACGCCUGUACCGCUGAUCACAUGCUUGAAAUCGAUAAGAGAUCAUGCGUUUUCUAGCUCUCCUUAUCCGGUUAUCAUUACUUUAGAGGAUCAUCUUACUGCUGAUCUUCAAGCCAAAGUGGCUGAGAUGGCUACGCAGAUAUUUGGACAAAUGUUGUAUUACCCUGAAUCAGAUAGCUUAGAAGAGUUUCCUUCUCCUGCUUCACUGCUUCAUCGGAUAAUCAUCUCAACUAAACCACCUAAAGAGUAUCUUGAAUCAAGAAACCCUAUAGGUAAACAAAAGGAGAAUGGUAAUGUAUCUCCAUCUUCAGAGGAGGAAACACCUGGAACAGAAGAGAUUCAGACACUAGAAAGUAUAUUGUUUUACCAAGAUAGUGAAAGCAAGAGUGAUAGUGAUCAAGAGGAAGAAGAAACGAGUGAAGAUCAGAAACCAGCAUACAAAAGAUUGAUCACCAUUCAUGCUGGGAAACCUAAGGGAACGGUGAAGGAAGAGAUGAAAGUUGUGGUUGAUAAAGUGAGACGUUUGAGUUUAAGUGAGCAAGAACUUGAUAGGACUUGUUCAUCCAAUAGUCAAGAUGUCGUAAGGUUUACACAGAAGAAUUUGCUUAGGAUAUACCCUAAAGGGACAAGGUUUAACUCCUCAAACUACAAACCGCUAAUUGGUUGGACUCAUGGAGCACAAAUGAUUGCAUUCAAUAUGCAGGGAUAUGGGAGAUCUCUGUGGUUGAUGCACGGCAUGUUUAGAGCCAAUGGAGGUUGUGGAUAUGUAAAGAAACCUAACUUCUUGAUGAAGAAAGGGUUUCAUGACGAAGUUUUUGACCCUAAGAAGAAACUUCACGUUAAAGAAACCUUAAAGGCAAGCCAAUCAAAUGAUGUGAAAGUAUAUAUGGGAGAUGGAUGGCGUUUAGACUUCAGUCACACUCAUUUCGACACAUAUUCUCCUCCUGAUUUCUACACUAAGGUGUACAUAGUUGGUGUACCAGCUGAUAAUGCAAAAAAGAAGACAAGAGUAAUAGAAGACAACUGGUAUCCAAUUUGGGAUGAGGAGUUCAGUUUCCCAUUAACAGUUCCAGAGCUUGCAUUGCUUAGGAUUGAAGUCAGAGAGUAUGAUAUGUCUGAUAAAGAUGAUUUUGGUGGACAAACAUGCUUGCCUGUUUCAGAACUAAGACCUGGGAUUCGAUCUGUGCCUUUGUAUGAUAAGAAGGGUGAGAAAAUGAAGUCAGUAAGGCUUCUUAUGCGUUUCAUCUUUGAAUGA